GGGGCAUCGCCUGGCGGCAACGAGCUCGGGCCACGCGUCGACGCGCGCCUCCUCCUGAGAAGCGCGCCUCGCGCCGACGGACAGACGGGGUUGCCCGCGCGCGCGGCGGCGGCUCCAAUUUUCUAGGGAUUUUCCGGCGCUUUUCCGACGACGACACGCACACCCGAUGCGCGACGACGGCACCUCGAUUAAUUUCCACCGACGUGAAGUCGCCCCCGCCGAUCGCCGAUACUUCCAGGGACGCCGAUUCCGCUCGCCGCCGAAUCCCCCGGAGCGCAGAGAGGAACGCCGAGAGAUGAAGAGAUUCGCCUGAAUCGAGCGGGAGCUGCUCCGCGGUCGAGAGACAAGGAUCUCGCUGCAGGGGGAAAGAGGAAAACAGCAAGGGGCAACAGCAAAUUCGGCAUGAUCCGUGGCGGUAGUAGGAUCCACUCGAAAACAUUAGGCGGGGUGGUGGAGGCAUGGAAGCCACAACUGGCCAGCCGUCUCUUCAGAGGCUCUUCAGGGGCGUCCUGCCAUCCCCGGAAAUACCCGGACUAGACGUCAUAAGAGCCUUGCACCAAACGAUCGUGUCACUGCGCUCGGCUUUGGACUCGUCGCGCGAGGAGCUCCGCCGACUGCAGGAGAGCGUCGGGAGUUUUUCCGGCGAGAGCUACGUGGACGCGGUGGGCCGCCUGACCCUCGAGAAUCACGUGCUCAGGCGAAGGAUCCUGAGUAGAAGCUGCGAGUUCUCGUGCGAUGCGGCGACCAGCCCUCCGCUACAAUCGAAACACGUCCGACUCGUCGUAGAAGCCCACAUGGACCAGCCGACGGAUCCUAAGAAAACCACCAUGGACGUGUCCAAGAAGCUUGCUACUGACGCUAAGAACGCGCUCAACGAGCCUGCCUCUGAACGCAGCGGCGGUAGCAGCAACAGCAACAGUCCCGACCCGUCUUCUCGUGCUGGCCGAUCCGACAAGUUUCAGGAUUCGUCAAAAUCUUCCAAAACCGCAGUUACCAGAAGCACAAUUGGCAACAGAAUUACCGAGGUGGCGUCCACACUGAACGUUUCCCAAAAUGAGAAUCACAAAGCUGCGACUUUGACAACGAAUGUCACUGGCAACGAGGAAGAGCCGCGAGUGGAAAUCUCAGGCGACACAGCUAAUAUGGAUCAUUUAGACAUACCCGAGAAAGAUCCCGAAGACUUGAGUCUGAGGUCCAUCUCCGACGGCGAUAAUUCCGUGUUCAGCGAUCACGUGGAUCAGUCUCAGGUACUUCGGCAGGGUCAGCCGGGUGACUCGCCGAGGCCGAACGAGCAUUCGGAGAACGAGUCGGAGGAGCUAGACGACAUCGAGCUGAUAUUUACGACGGACGAGACGUGUCGCGAUCUCGGCCUGCAGGAGGACCUGGUGUCCAUUACCGAGACGGAGACCUGGCAGCACACUGGCACUGGCGGCCAGCCCAUCUUACUCAAGUACACAAAGUCGGCGGAGGGCGAGACGUUGGUCUGCAACGGUGAAAAGACCAGCUCCGUGGAGGAGGCAGUCUCCUCGCAGAGCUCCAGCAUCGAUCGCGAGGAGAGCGUCGACAGAUUCGACGAGAGCUCCAGCACCAGGCUCAACAAGAUGUGGUCGCAGUGCUCCGUCCUGGUUGAGACUGACAUUAGCAAGUGCGGUGUACUGGAGGACGCCGAGAGCACGGCGGGAUCGUCUCUGCGGCAUGUCACGAGGAGAAACACCUUGGCCGCGCCGCCGACGGCUUACAGACCUAUCAUUCACCGGGAAGCUCUGGCCAGUAGUCGGAGAAAGGGCUCUGCUCCAUUGCGACCGGUGAUGGACCGUAGUAGUGGUGCCCGAAGAGAAUCUGGCGCCCAGACGGACAUCUCCGCGCUUCCAGCACAGUGGCGAUCCGAGAGUUAUCUCGCGCACAAAGUCGCGCAUACUUUCACGACACUACCGAGCAAGUUCGCGCUACCAACGGGAGUGCCCGGCCGACUGAGGCUGUCGGACAAAACUCGAGAAGCCAGAAGAGUCAUGCUGUCGGACAUCAGCUUCACCAGCAUGGUACCAGAGUUGUCGAGGAGCGCGGAUCACUUGUGCCAUGAGCCACAUGCGCAGACGUGUCUCAGUUCGCGCGGCUGUGGUCUCCGUACACCGGAAGUUCACAGACGCGAGUCCCUGGGCUCUCCCGCAGGAUACUGGCCCCGUUGCAAUCCCGCAACGGGUCUGCCGAGUCCCUGCGACUGCCGGCUGUCAACCGACCUGUAUCCCUCGCGAUAUCGCGGCUCUCUGACGUCGAUACCGUCGCCCGGUCUCGAGGUCGUCGGCGGUCCACCGCGGAGACACUCCUGGAGAGCGACAGCAGCGUCCUUCGACACGUGGAGGGUACCGGUUGCGACUUCCACACCGCGCCCGACGUGGUCCUCGAUGCCGUCUUCUCCAACGCACGUACACCCUCCGUCGACUUCCUCCAAAACCUCGAAAAGCGCACCAAAGAGGACGCGAUCCAAGGUGACCUUCCAAGAGUGCCCGAUGACGCGCGGUAGUCUGCCCAACUUGCGCUCAGACUCGGCCGGCGGCGAAAACAGCGGAGACUCCACCGAGUCGUUGAUCGACGAGGCCGAGGAUUAUCUGCGGCGAAGCAUCGAUUCUAUGCUGACGAUAUCGAGCGUCAGCACGGAUUAUUGGAGCAAGCAGACAGCGAGGCGAAGAAGGGCGCGGAGACAUUCGGAGCCGGACUUGAUUCGUGACUGGCACCCACCUCAGGACGCCAAGCCAUAUUUGCCAAAGAUACCAAGAGAUCUCAAACUGGAUCACCUCGUGAAGGUCAUAUCGCCGGAGGGCAGGGUCCUCCAAGGUCGCGUGAGAUACGUAGGUCCCGUUCCAGGUCGAGAAGACGCGCAUGUGGGAGUGGAACUGCCAUACGUCAACGGCUCAUCCGAUGGUUCUUUCCAUGGCAGGAGAUUCUUCGAUUGCGAGCCGGAUCGAGCCAUCUUCGUCCCGUUCAAGAAGGUGGUGCUCGCCUGGUGCACCACCUGACCCGAAGCACCGACCACCAUGGUCACUCCUCGUAUUCUACUCUCCCAGUACACUAUGUGAGACCUCGAUGGCAUGUAAGUUAUAUUCGUGGAUUGUCAUCUUUGAAAGCUAGCCAGUCUCUGAUUAGCGAGAUGACUAUUCUUAAAUGUGUGGCGACUCUAUCGUUCUGCUACUCCCACACGGAAUCGUCUAACUGCAUGUUAGAACUUGUCAAAAUUAUUAAAAAAAAAAACAGACACCUUCGGACACCAGUGCAAUAGCAGAUUCGUUUAAUAUAUAAAGAUAUAUAUUAAAACUUGUUAUAAACCGCACCUACAACAUUCGGUGGCUCUUCAUGCGCAACAGCGAGCAUUAUGUGAUCAGCAUAAUUGUAUAUGUAUGUACUAUGUGUAUAUACAUAUAUAGAUACACGUACAUCCAGUAAUAUACUAAUCAACUCCAUUUGUGUGAUAUCUUCGACGAGUGGAUUAUCGCCACUAGCUGCAAAGGUAGUAGUGAUGGGUUCCGCUGUAUCAACGUCUUGCUGUAUCUGAUUUUCUAAGAAAUAACGAGAGAAAAGUGCAGAUCGGAGAUACUUAAGUGUCUUUAAGUGACUCGAGUACUUACACAAUGUAUGAGCGGGUGUGCCGAAAAUGAGAACAAACGGCAACGAUGAAGGACAAGUUUGAAGGGAGAACGAGGGAAUUGAAUUACAGAUUCGUGUAACUGGAAAAUAAGAAGACAGAUAGAAUCAGCCGCCGAUAAAUUUCCAGGAGAAAUAAUCAAAAUUAACCGAUAGUUUCUGUCAACGGGAGGCUGCGUGCAGCGAGUGUUUCAUUUCACAGCGCAUGCCACGCGCAUUGUGAUUGUAUUUCACGCGAGUAAUCCCGGCAACGAUGUUUGCUUUGCCGCAAUAUUGUAACGUUAGAUUGUUAAGGGAUUGCGUUCUCGUUCAAAGAGAAAAGAUAUACAUUUGUUAUUUUUGGCUACUGCGAUCAAUUAAUUCUUCCUAAUACACACAUCGAGAAAAGUUUCGCGUCACCCCAUCUUCACGAAUUUCUCUCUCGAUAUCAAGAUGGAAAACAAUUCGUUUCGCAUGACCUCGCCCGACAAAUUCUUUCCUCCAGUGCAUAAUAUUAGUAUUAUUGACGCUACUUCUCCGUCAGAUGAGAAUAAAUGUGCAAUUUAAUCGAUAUAAAGUAAGACUACGAUAUAAAACUUUUUUUCGAUGUGCGUAUUUUUUGGACUGGAACUAAAAGGAUUAAAUAGAGGCAAAAAGGCAGUCGUAAAACGCUAUCAAAUUUGUUAUCAAUUUAAAUAUCUUCGCGCGUUGCUUACGAGCUUUCAACGAGCAAAUGUUUUUAGUGUACGUAUGUAUAUGUAUUUUAUGUAUAUGUAUAUCUAUCUGUACAUUUUAAAGAGACACGCGUAUAUAAAGUGUGGGCACUACACUUGGCUGUAUAAAUACAAAUAUUAAUCAUA